AUGGCCGAGAAACAGCCACCCCUGCUGACUACAGCUGGCAUGUCCUGUCAAUACUUCUAUAGUAGAAGAACCCCAGCUGUAAAAAAAAUAUGAUGAUAUCCUGUAACAUCUAAGGAAGGAUAUUAUCCAUUUGGAAUUGAAAAUUUCAUGUCCAAUUUGUAGAAAAUUACAAUUAAGCAUGUGUCCAACUGAGUGGACAUCAUGCAUCACCCAGUAUUUUUUUUAACAGGAGUCAUGUAAUUGCUCCUCUGUUACUUGUGGCUGUUUUGGUUAUAAAUCAGUGUAUACAAUGUAAUUAGUGUGUAACAGUGACGAAGAGUGGCUGCCAGAGAAGAAUAGACAUGUAGGAGCUGAGGAUGAUGGAGAUACAGACAGUCAGGGUGCAGAAAGGGUAGAUGCCUAUAGUCAAGUGGAUGAGGACCAGGAUGAUGAGAGGCAGGAUGCAGGGGAAGGUCAGCAUGAUCAGGGAGCUGUGGAAAAUGGGCACAUGACACCUGACCAUUCUCAAGCUCGCAAAAAUAUCUGGAAAGUCCAAGACAAUCACUUUGAUAGAGAUUUGCCUCCUUUUCUAGGAGAGUGGAAAUUCAAUGUGGAGGGAAGAGAGCCUAUAGACUUCUCCAGACAUCUGUUUCCAGAAGAUCUCAUUGAUGAUAUAGUGAAAAACACCAACUCUUAUGCUCCCCAGAAAGGGAAAGAAAAUGUGGCAGUGACAGGAGAAGAGAUGCAGACUUUUUUAGGGAUCAACAUGAUCAUGGGGUACAUUCGUUAUCCCAGGGCACACAUGUACUGGUCUAGUGAGGAUGGCCUUCGUCUAGGGAUGAUUGCAAAUGCCAUGUCUGUAAACAGAUAUGAGCAAAUCCUGUGCUCAUAUAAAGCCUGUGUGCCAUUGUGCCCUGGAUGCUUUGCCAACUUUCAUACAUCCUAG